UUUCCAUAUGACCUAAGGCCACCAUUGGCAAAAAAUUUUAUUUUAAGUUUGCAAUCUCUUGAAACAGCUGGAGUGGGGAAGACAUCCAUCAUUUUAUCCCUUGUUAGUGAAGAAUUCCCAGAAUUUGUACCUGCAAAGUCAGAGGAAAUCACCAUACCUCCAGAAGUGACUCCUGAGAAGGUGCCAACUCACAUAAUAGAUUAUUCACGCCAGGACCAGACGCUUAAUGAGCUGGCAGGAGAAAUCCAGAGAGCAGAUGCUAUCUGCAUCAUUUAUGCUGUGGAUGAUCCAGAAUCAUUUAGUGCCAUCACUGCUAAGUGGAUCCCUUUCAUCAGGAAGGUCCUUAACUACGACGAGGAAGAAGAGAAUGUCUUGCAUAAACCAAUCAUUCUAGCAGGGAACAAGGUUGACCUAAUAGAAGAGUCCAGCAUGGAUGAUGUUGUCCCAUUAAUGAGUAUGUACCCAGAGAUAGAGACAUGCGUCUUUUGUUCUGCGAAGACCUUGCGCAACAUAUCAGAGCUCUUCUACUAUGCACAGAAGAGUGUGCUGCAUCCUACCCUCCCCCUGUACGUUACGGAGGAGCGAGAGCUUUCAGACAAUUGCAAGGCUGCUCUCACUCGCAUUUUCAAGAUCUGUGAUCAAGAUAAUGAUGGUCUCAUGAGUGAUGAGGAGUUGAUGGAGUUUCAGAAAAGGUGCUUCUCUACCCCACUUGCACCAGAAGCAUUGGAGGAGGUGAAGCAGGCUGUCAGGAAAGCUGUCCCAGAUGCCAUCUCUAACAACUCUCUCACACUGAAAGGGUUCCUGGUCUUGCACAAGAUGUUCAUACAACGAGGGUACCAUGAGACAACAUGGACUGUUCUGAGGAAGUUUGGUUAUACUGAUUCCCUUAGUUUGUCCCAGGAUUACCUCCAUCCUAAACUGAAAGUGCCAAGUGGGUCCCGAAUGGAGUUGUCACCUGUUGGCAUCCAAUUCCUUACAAAUCUGUUCCACAAGUAUGAUAGAGACCGAGAUUUGGCACUUUGUCCAGUUGAACUCAAUGACCUCUUCUCCACGUGUCCAGGAGGGAACAUCCCAUGGGGACCACAAGUUUUCUAUGCUGUCUCCACCAAUGACAAGGGAUGGAUGACCCUUCAAGGCUUUCUAUCCAUGUGGGUGAUGGCAACAUUCAUUGACAUCCAGAAGACCAUGGAGUACCUGGCCUACUUUGGCUAUGUCAUUUCAGAUACAGAGGAUCAGACCUCGGCUGUUACAGUGCUGAGAGAAAAAGACCAGCUUCAGGGAUCAAGAAGCACAUAUCUGUGCCAUGUAAUUGGAUUAAGAGGUGUUGGCAAGACCACGCUUUGUCAGGGACUCAUUGGCCGGAAGCUGAAGGAUGUGAAUAACCUGUCAGAAGAGAAUGUCCCUACCUAUACAACCAACAAGGUGAUGGUUUAUGGGCAUGAGCGUUACCUGAUCCUGAGGGAAGUGAAUGUGAUGUCUGUCUCUGAUGCUCUUCUCCCAUCUCAACUCAACUGUGAUGUUGCCUGUCUGGCCUAUGAUGUAUCCAAUCCCUCCUCCUUUGAGGCCAUUGCCAAGCUCUACCUGAAGUACUUGAGUGAGAGUAGUGUGCCAUGCAUGGUGGUGGCAUGCAAGGGAGAUAAGCCAAGUGUUUCUCAAGAGUAUCUGGUGCAACCAGAGGAUUUCUGCCACACCCACCGCCUCCCCCACCUGGCCAAGUGGAGUGGGACCCUAGAAGGGGAUGCAGCCAGGGCCAUCUACACCAAGCUGGCCACCAUGGCCACUUAUCCGUUUUUUCGACGCUAUGGGCUGACACAGGGGAGUUCAUCAUCUUGGGUCCAACUGGGCCUGGGCAUCUCUUCUGCUGCUGCCCUUGCUUGUCUCCUCUUCCUACUCUACCGCUCUCGCAGAGUGUCUUAGUAGAAGACAUGUCAAGGCAUUAUAGUAAACCUAGUCACCAGUUAAGAAUCCCUCUUCUGCAUUUACAAAUCCAAGUCGAGUAUCAAUGGUUGUCCACUCCUCUGAUCGUGCAAGACCAGAUUCGAUUCUUGUGAUAUAUUUUACAGGAUUCCAUGUUUUGCUCGCUGCUACUUUGUUCUUGGAAUUAGGGUUUGUUGUUGGUACAAUAAAAACUGCAUUUUUUUA